GCUAUUUCUAAUAAUGUUGUUUUUUUAUUACCAUUUUCAUUAUUUUAUUUCACUUAGUCCUACAUGUUGGAGCUCCAAGCCAAAUAUUUUCACUGAACCCUGCAAUCACAACUGCAACCCUGUACGUGUGACUACUGUGAAGGUUUCGACAACACAAUCACAUACAUGGAUUUUCAUUUACACCAACUGGUGUAAAAAUCCAUUAAAUUGAUUGUAGAAAGUAUUGAAGAAUACCAGUGUGCUGUUGGCGUUUCUGUUUUCAAACUGAUUAGUAAACUGCCUUUUCAAACUGAUUAGUAAACUUCCUUUUCAAACUGAUUAGUAAACUGCCUUUUCCCCAAAUAUUCCAGAUGUAAGCAUCUACUAUUGGAGAAGGGAACUGCAUUGGCUUGUAUCUGCUCUGUGUGGAGGUCUUCUUGUCACACAGGGCACAGAGAAGAGCUAUGAACAUGAUGCUCCUGACAACGUGCCAGUGAGUUGAAGAGAGAGAGAGCUGAAGGUAAACUCAAAGUUAUAAAGAUGAACCCUAUGGAGGAAAUGACAACCAUGUCUCUGCCGAUGUGGGCUCUGUUCUCCAACUCCAGCCAGCUGUACUAUAACCCCAACGUCACUGUGGCCCCUACUUCCCUCACCAAGCCCAAGGCCUGUGAGCAGCUCAACAUCGCCACAGAGGUCUUCCUCAUCCUGGGUAUUAUCAGUUUGUUGGAGAACAUCCUGGUCAUCUGCGCCAUCAUCAAGAACAAGAACCUCCACUCCCCCAUGUACUUCUUUGUGUGUUCCCUGGCCGUGGCCGAUAUGCUGGUCAGCGUCUCCAACGCCUGGGAGACCAUCGUCAUCUACCUGCUGACCAACCGGCAGCUCAUUGUGGACGACCAUUUUAUUCGUCAGAUGGACAACGUCUUUGAUUCCAUGAUCUGUAUAUCGGUGGUGGCGUCUAUGUGUUCUCUCCUGGCCAUCGCUGUGGACCGAUAUGUGACCAUCUUCUACGCUCUGCGUUACCACAGCAUCAUGACUCAUAGAAGGGCCGCUCUCAUCAUCGGAGCCAUCUGGACCUUCUGCACGGGCUGCGGCAUCGUCUUUAUCAUGUACUCCGACACCACCCCCGUCAUCAUUUGCCUGGUGUCCAUGUUCUUCACCAUGCUGGUGCUCAUGGCCUCGCUGUACAGCCACAUGUUCAUGCUGGCUCGCUCCCAUGUCAAGCGCAUCGCGGCUCUGCCAGGGUACAACUCCAUCCACCAGAGGGCCAGCAUGAAGGGAGCCAUCACUCUCACCAUCCUCCUGGGAAUCUUUAUCGUCUGCUGGGCACCUUUCUUCCUCCACCUUAUGCUUAUGAUCUCCUGCCCCAGGAACCUGUACUGUGUGUGCUUCAUGUCUCACUUCAACAUGUACCUCAUCCUCAUCAUGUGUAACUCUGUGAUCGACCCUCUGAUCUAUGCCUUCAGGAGUCAGGAGAUGAGGAAGACCUUUAAGGAGAUAAUCUGUUGCUACAGCCUGAGGAACGUGUUUGAGUGUCUCCCUGUGUGCUAUAAACCUGGAGUGGCAUAGAACUCUUACCCUUAUAGAGUCUUUGGCCAUGGGUCCUACAUGUGGCGUAGUCAGCAGGAUGUGGGCAUGAACAGAGUGCAUUGGAGUAGAAGACUGUCUUAAAAUGUGUCUUAGACUGCCUUGUCCCCAUGCAGUCUGAUUAAGCUCAACUUGUAGAACCCUUUGUGCCUUAACACUAUAACUGCUAAAGCAAUGAUUUUGACCCGAUAUUCGUCCACCGAAUCAAAGCAGUCUUAUCAGUCUACUCUGGCCUACUUGGAGUAGGCUACACAGCGAGAGCAGUAAUCAGUCUACUCUG